AAGAGUAAAGAGCUAGAGCAUCACUUUGCUAACAACACAUACUCUCUCUUUUAGGAGAACAAAAUACUACACUGCAUAUACACACACACAUACAUACAUACAUACAUCGUCAUGGCUCUUCACCUCUCUUGGGUUUUCGUUUUUGGCAUUUUAGGCAACGCUGUUUCAUUCAUGGUUUCCUUGGCUCCACUGCCUACAUUUUACCAAAUAUACAAAAAGAAAACAUCGGAAGGUUUCCAGUCGAUUCCGUAUGUCGUAUCGCUCUUCAGCGCGAUGCUUUGGAUUUACUAUGCGCUGCUUAAGAAAGAUGCUAUGUUCCUCAUCACCAUCAACACUUUCUGCGUUUUCAUUCAGAUUUUUUACAUCGUUACUUACUUUUACUAUGGCCCCAAGAAGGAAAAGAUUGUGACAGUGAAGCUUAUGCUUCUCUUCAAUGUUUUCGGAUUCGGAGCUAUCUUUCUCUCGACCUUCUUCCUACCAAACCCUUCCAUACGUCUCUUAGUUUUGGGCUAUAUUUGUAUGGCAUUCGCUUUGUCAGUGUUUGCCGCGCCUCUCGCCAUUGUGAGAAAAGUGAUUAAAACGAAGAGCGUGGAGUACAUGCCAUUUACUUUAUCAGUGUUCCUCACCUUAGGAGCUGUUAUGUGGUUCUUCUAUGGCCUUUUGUUGAAAGACAUGAACAUUGCCGUUCCAAACAUUUUGGGAUUCAUCUUUGGAGUUCUUCAAAUGAUACUUUAUGCAGUAUACAGAAAACAUCCCAAGAAAACGAUUGAAGAAUCCGAUCCAAAGCUUCAAUUAUCGAACCACUCGACCGUCGUCGAUGCUACCAAGCUCGGCUCCAAUGUAUGCUCGGAUGUACACGUCUUCGUUCCUCAACUGAUCUACUCGAACAACAACAACAACAACAAUGGAAGGGAUGAUGCUUUGAACAAAGUUUAAAAAAAGUUAAUGCACAUUGUGGUGUGGGUGCUAUGAAAAGCGGUUUCCACUUAGAGAUGUCUUGAGCAUAAUUACGUGUUUAAUUUUGCAUGGGAAAACCUGAGAUGUAGUUAACCCAUGCAAAAAGAUAGCUUUAUUUUCAAAAAGAAUAAUGUCGUUUAAUUGCUUUUUCUUUCCGGUAAACACCGUGAAAUCUUUGUCUCUCUUUCUCAUCUCAUAUGUAUUCUGCAAUUUGCUCCAUGGAUACUAUUUUAUUAAUGACAUGUCUAUAUUCCAUAUUUAUCA